AGUGGGAGGGAAAAAAAACACAAGAGUAAAAGAAGGGCCACUCAGAGAAGGAGAUGAAGACUUUCAAGAGCCAGAGCCAACCCGAGCAGCGCGGAGCCCUCAGCAGUCUGCACAGCAUCAGCAGCAGCGCUAUGGGUCCCCUCACCCUGGCAGUCCUGUUCAUCCUCACCAUACCUGCCUGUACCAGUGCGCCAGUCAAUCUUCAACAGGCCAUAACAGAUCAGAGGCAGCUACUUCACCAGAUAGACACUGUUUGCUCAUCAUACCUCUCUGAAGAUAUGAAGUACUGGACAUCGGAUGUCAUAGGGGAACUCUGUAUCUUGAUGCUGGUUCAGAAGUCAAAGGAACUAAGACUUCAAGACAAUAGUAAAAGGCUCCAUCCAUCCAGAAAAGAGAGAGGACUCGUAAUGAGCGCUGAACUCCAGGGACCUGGUGGAAUUGAAAGCAGGGGCUACUUCCUCUAUCGGCCACGAAACGGAAGACGGUCCUUAGAAUAUGAAUAAAAAAGAAACAGAACCUGCAAGUGUACAGAGACAACACGGACCCCUGAGACCCGAGCCGCUUCACGAUGACUGAGUGACCCAGAAUCCAACCACAGCCCUUUGCCUUUGCUGUACACUGAUGCUUGAAUCUUUACAAUGAAUACUAAUUAAACUAACAUUCAUUUGUGUGAUUUAUUGAGGUAGUGUAAUUUUUCUUCCUGACAUAUUAGGCAUGGUAUUUGUAUUUUAAAGAUGUAAGUUGCAAAUGGA